AUGGAGCUUCUCUCAGUUCUGAACAAGAUCCAUGUGACAUUAUCGGACAAGACCAAGGACCAGCUGCUGGACAGUUAUGCAGCCCACUGUGAAGAUAACAUCAUACAGGCAGUUUCUUCAGGUUUGGAUGGGAAGCUAAAUGGUGACAAUCUAGAUCUGAGAGUAACAACGAACGAUGUUCGAAUGACAAACAAGAGUAAAGACUAUCAUUUCUUUGCUUCCGACUUUGUUGCGGACAGGAUUGAUACUUCACGCAAGCUCCUCAGAAGGAAAUGGAAUCAAAACUAUAAAGAAAAUUUAAAGAUCUAACUGGCAAGGAAAUUGGUAGAGCAUGUUAGUUCAUUCAGCUGGAUGAAAAGCCUCAUUCCAACACAUGUACCACAUGGUAGACAAGUCGAGAUGUCAAAGGCUUCAUCCAUUUUCUUGUUGCCAAUUAUUUUGAAAAAUGAGGCAUCAUACUCGGACUGUAUCGACAUAAUGGAUGCCUACGUCAAACACAUCAACCAGUGGUAUGCCAAAGCAGGCAGAGGCUCAGAUCUUGAAACACUUCGAAUUCCGGUUGGUGGCGACCAACUGAAAGGAGCAAAAGCCUUGAGGGAAGGGACACAUACUGUGCAGUCAGGAUUUGAUCAGCUUGAGCCAGUCAUUGUGGAAAUGUUCCACACCCUUCAAGAUUUCCUUGAGGCCAGUAACCCAUGGAAAGUUACUCCUGGUAGGCAACUGAAAGGUUUCCAAGGAAUUAGCCAGUCCCCAUUUUCCUUCAACGUGCAACAGAUGAGAAACAGCAUCCAGACUAAUGUGGACCAUCUGAAAAGGGGGAGUUGUCUUUCUGCCUGA